GAGAGAAGCGCACCGAUCAUCCAAUGGGUCAAUCUCAGCGAGUGUAUCCCCAGUCUGGACCCUGUGAGCGGCUCUGACAGAUUUCUCCGCAGCGACACACACUUGGCAGCGUGUAGUCACCUGGAGAGUUUCUUUUUUUCUUCUUCCUAGAAGUCAACUCGAGAGAAAAAGCGCAGCAGCGAUGACAGCCGAGUUUAUUUCACGUGGAAGUGACUGAGACCCGCAUCGUUUUAUCCGAUUGACUUUUCUGUGAGGAUGCAAAGGAGAAACAGGAUGAAGUCCGUUUUUAUAGCUUUGUUACUCGGCGUGGUUGGGGCUCUAGCUAAUAAGGAGGACUGUUUGUCGGGAAAGUAUACAUCCAUCGGAGAAUGCUGUAAGCAGUGUCUGCCCGGGGAGGGCGUCAGCAGGCGCUGCGGACACGCGCAGACCGGCUGCACCGCCUGCCUGGACAGUGAAACCUUCUCAGAAAGCUUGAGUCACACAGAGACAUGUCAGCCGUGCACAAUGUGCUCAGGUCUGCUCCGCAUGAAGUCGCCCUGCACAGACUCCAACGACGCCACCUGUGUCUGCAACUACAGCUACUACUUGAAUACAAUCUCUCAACAGUGUGAGCACUGCACAAAAUGUCCUGAGGGCCAGGGGAUGCUGUACAGCUGCGAGUUUGACCAUGACACGGUGUGCGAGGAGUGCGAAGAGGACACGUACUCGGACCAGGAAAGCUCUCGGGAGCCCUGCAUCCCCUGCACCACCUGCGAUGAAGAUAUGCUGUUAAAGGCCUGCACUUCUACGACUGAUACCGUUUGUCAAGCUCCUACAGUUUCUGAAGAUCCCCUCUUCUAUUCGAACUUCACGCCCACCUAUGAUUACUUUUCACCCGACGACCUUCCACCAGGGGGCCCUCCGGACACCCCCAUCAGUACCCCCAGCACCGCCACCUCCACCAAUGGUGACUCUAAGGAGCCGAUCUACCAUCUGAACGACAAACUCAUCCCCAUCUACUGCUCUAUCCUGGCCGCCGUUGUAGUCGGCCUCGUGGCCUUCAUCAUCUUUAAGAGGUGGAACAGCUGUAAGCAGAACAAGCAAGGAGCAAACAACUGCACAGCCAACCAGAACCAGACCCCGUCCCCGGAGGGAGAGAAGCUGCACAGCGACAGCGGCAUCUCUGUGGACAGCCAGAGUCUGCAGGAGCAGCAGGGCCAGACUCAGGCUCAGACAGUUGUCAACAUGGAUGAAGAGCCGUGUUUGUUCCUUCCUCUCCACACCAGAGAGAAGGUGGAGAAGCUGCUAUUCAGUGGCAGCGAAGGAGACGAUUGCAACCACAUGGAGGACAGCGACUGGUGCAACCUGGCGGGCCUCCUGGGGUACGAGGAGGAGCGGAUUGCCACCUUCCAGCAGGAGGAGCAUCCCGUCCGCGCGCUCCUGUCUGAUUGGGCGAGCAAGGAGUGCGCCAGCCUCGACUCGCUGUGCACGGCGCUGCGCAAGAUCAACCGUGAAGACAUCGUCCAGAGUCUGGUGCUGAGUCCGAGUGCUACGAAGCCCACCGCCACUUCUGUCGUGUGAUUCUAGAUUUAAAGUGAGCAAACCUUAACCUUAGUAUUGUUCCUUGGCAACCCUCACUCUAAAUAAUUCAUGCUAGAACCGCUUCAAGCUAUUCCCUCAAGAAGCCAGCAGUCAAACACCAUAAGUCCUGAGGAAUCAUUUUCAAGUUUAAUCGCAGGGAAACGCCAGAAAUUAGACAAAACUGAAUGAAUACCAAAGUACCUUAUCAAGCCCAACCCUUCACGAUGUGCAUAUUAUCAAUACUUCCACAUAAUGUAAAGCCUAUGUCAAAAGGAAACUGACUAUAAUCAUUCCAUUUUGGAGCAUGUCUAUCCACACAUAUUUCUUCAUUAUUUACAAUCAAGAUUAGCAUUCUCUCACUUUUCCUUCGCAAAAAAGCAGCAACUAACUGAAUUUAACAUGGAUUGCUGGAUCUUUUAUCCAAGAUACAGAUAUCCCCUACAUCUUUACUCUUAAAUAUUCAUAAUCUUUCCCUCACUGAUAGCGUCAUUAGCCAGUGUUGUAUCUCUAAAUGUUACCUUGUAAAUCUAUGCUACCAAAGAGGAGAAACACGCCUCCAGACAAGCAACAUUAUUUACAUGCCAUGUCAGACUUUUGCUUCCGGAUGUGGAUAUCACAACUCUGAGGAAGGAUGCUUUUCAAAUGAAACUGUUCUCCUUCUGCAAAGAUUUAAGACAUUGAGCUGCGAGGAAUUAAUCUGGACUAAGUGGUUUCUGCAGACUCUUCUUUGUACCCGACAAGCGCUCUGAGAACUGAAGGCUGGACUUUGCCAACUAGGUGGUCUGGGGGGCAGGUCAUUGAGCGAGGCAACAUGAGACACUAUUCUAUGUGCUCAGGCCAAUCUGCAUAGCACAGGAGCUCCAACACAGACUCCUUCAGACUGAAAAGAAAAUGAGCAACUAUGUAACUGUAUGUAUAAAGGCAGACACGCACACAUACUGUACGUAUACACACACAUAGACCUACAAUAUGUAACCAUGCAUGCACGAUUCAAACACACUCAAAGGUCCCAUAAACAUUUACAUUCUUCUCAGAUCCUGCCAUGUAAUGUAUGCAACACUCAUGAGGGAAGCACGUAUUGUUUAAUGUUAUUAUUAAUAACCAAUAUAAGGUGAAUCGGUCUUAAAAAUGUCUUAAAGGUCCCAUGUCAUGGCCAUUUCUACUGAUUAUAAUUCCAUUGUUGAGGUC